AUGGCAAAUCUCGAAACAUCUUCCGAAAGGUCCACGACAGCUGAAAUCAUGAAAGAGAAACAGGCUUCAGCUCAGCCGGAGCAUCAGGUGGUUCUGCUGAAGGAAACCGUGAUUCUGCGCUGGCUGUUUGGAUACCUCAACAAACGAAACUCGUCUAAUCGGAGAAUGUCUCCGCGCUGGCCACACACAAUCUCUACCUGGCUGCCAAAGAAGCCGAAGACACAAUUCAGAGAGGCAACUCUUGUAGGUAUCGACAUUGACGAACUUAAAGAGCAACGCGGUCUGCCGGUACAAUUCCACAUUGGCAUCUCUAUCCUACACACCAAGGAUCUGCAUAGUCUCUGCCACGCUUCUUUACCAUGGACAAAAUCACAAGCAAAAGUCAUACGAUCAUAUCACUGGGUUAUUCAAGAUCCUACUUAUUUUUGCACAAAGGAUAAUCGCUUUUGCUUUGGUAAACACAGAUGCAUCCCGCUCGCCAGCCUAAAGGAGAAUCUGGAGAAGCUUCUUAAGCCACAUCAUCCAGUGAUCCUUGUCGCCCAUGGAAUCUCUAUGGAAAAAAAACUUCUUCAGGAUCUUAACAUUGAUCUUAAGCCCAUUUUUAUAAUUGACACGACAAGGGCUGCUCACUAUCCCCUCCAGGAUUCUCGUAAUUAUAGCCUCAAGCUGCUCCUACAAGUCUUCGGCAUCCCCGUCACAAGCGGAAUGCUUCACGUUGCUGGUAAUGAUGCGCAUUUUGUGCUUAGGGUUCUACUUAUGAUUGCUGUAAGUGAUGCACGGCGAGAGUUUAAGGAUACCCCAGCGUGGGUGCCUGUAUUCGAGGCGAUUGCGCGCGCGCCGUUGCCACAAAUGCCAAUGACACUACACGAAAAGGCGGUGAUUGGAAACCGGAAAGCGAAGGGUCUCGAGCGGUUGGCGGAGGACAGAGCUCAAGACCAGGCGCGGGGGGACCACUGGCGAACAGGUACGCAAUCUUUCGAGUGCUGGCUCACGGUCAUUCAAUCUCGAUUCAUCUCGGUCUCUGCUACCUUUGGGUCGAUGCUCCGUGUACUAUUCAAGACGACGUUUGAAGACUGGGAGCGAGAAGCACAGGCCAUGGCGCGUGUCUACUCUAAUGCAUUGAUCGAUAUUUCAGGCCUGGGGUGGGGAGACGCGAUGCUUCUGAAGGCUGCCUUGUUUUACGAGAGCUACACCAAGGAGUCGUUCCACUGGACUUUCAAGGCGGGAACGGAGACCACCAGGCAUUCCCAGCUAUUGCCACGAAGAUCGAGAUGGGGUCCUUAUACGAGAUUCGGGUGGCCACCCGACAAGUGUGAGAGGCUGGACCCUGCAAGAGUGGAUUCUCGCGCGGCGGACGCUGCAUUUUGGGCGAGACCAGUUGUAUUAGGUGUGGAUUGCAGCUUUCGAAAUUCAGGAUUGGCACUGAACCAUAGCCUUGGAGACAGUAGCAGUGGCAACAAUGGCAUCUUCGAAAACGACAUGGCUAACUCACUGUUUUCCGUAUCUCAGGGCUGGUUACAACUUGCGGCAAUAUUCGGGGCCGUUAACUGCGAGUUCCUCUGA